AUGGAUCUGCCAUCCUCUCCUCCGGACAUGACCAUGGGUUCUCCUCAGCUUCCAAAGCUCCCCCCUUCGAUCAGAGUGGGAACACCAAAAAAGGAACGGCGACAAACAUCAAUUACGCCGAGAAGAUUUAGGAAAUUCUUCGACAAUAAGGCUGCCUCAAUGUCAAUGUCUUCACCUUCCGGCCGAGCCCUUAAGGCCUUAGUCAACAACCGUCAGGGAACACAAUCCAGCCCCCUAAAACCUUUCGACAACAUGGAGGAUCUUCCAGGUCAGGAAAACGAGGAAUCAGUUCCAAUGCCUAGAGAAUUUAAGAGAAGAAAGACGACUCAUAGUGAUGUCGGUGCUGAUAUAGGGUCAGACAGUGAUUGCCCAUUCAAAGAUCAAACUCGAUAUGGACAAUCGCAUCGUGGUUCUUUGAAGAUAACCUCUUCAUAUCCAAAAUCGCAGUCAAUUCUUGAAGAUGUGGAGGAAGAGGGAGAGGAUGAGAAAGAUAUCAUUGAAUCUAUUUCAAGAGAACCGUUGGAGCGCAUUGUUCCCUUCGAGAAUCGUGGUUUGAGUGCAAGGCUAUUGCAAUUGAGCUUGGGCACUUCCAGAUCGAGACGAGCCAAUCUAGCAUACGCUGUCAAUGAUUGGCGAGAUGAGACUGCAUCGUUCUACAGUAGACCGGAAGAUGUGAGCCAUACUUCGAGUCUCUUGGGUGGCAGGGACAGCAUACCAUUUUGCAACGCCGGUCUGAAUACGAAUUCUCUAGUAGCCAUUGGUGACGAUGAAGGACGUAUUAGAUUAGUAGAAUCUGAGAAGAAUGGACAGCCUUCGUUCAGCAGUGUAUACCUCGGCUGGCAGGUUCAUAAGAACGCGAUCAUCGAUCUUUCACUCUCCGACGAUGAUUCAUUAAUAGCUACGGCAUCUGGAGAUCUUUCCGCCAAAGUUUCAGACAUGACAACACAAAAGUCAAUCUCUAUCCUCGCAAACCAUAGUGCAACACUGAAACAAGUCAGAUUUCAACCGGGAGCAAAUAACAAGAAUGUGCUUGCCACUUCCGGCAGAGAUGGUAGUGUUCAGAUUUGGGAUCUCAGGUGCAAGGGCGAUGACGGCCCGAUCAUGGAGAUGCAGAAGCUACCAGGCGAAAAUAUUCCACGUUGUGGCAAUGUCAACGGCAUUUUGGAUGCUCAUCACGGUUCAGAUUCACAUGAACCGAAACCCCCCGCAAAUUCGCGCUCUCUUUCUGCUGCUAAAAAACAACGCAUCGGUGACAUAUCCGUUACGAGUAUUCAAUUCCUACCACCAGGUCAAGAGCACUUGCUGCUCACGGGAUCAGAAUCAAAUUCUAUUGUCAAGCUCUGGGAUAUCCGCAACUGUUCCAACAAGCGGAAAAGUAGCCAGCCAGUUGCAUACACUAAACAAAUUCCGAGCCAUAUCGGCAAUCGUCCUUUUGGAAUUACCUCUCUCAGUAUGAGUCACGACGGAAGCAGGUUUUACAGCGUUUGUAAGGACAAUAUUGUCUACGCAUAUUCAACCUCGCAUCUUAUUCUCGGACAUGCACCUGAGUUCGAAAGUGGCAAUGGAAAACGAACAGCUCAACGGGCAGCUCAAGAAGGCUUAGGCCCACUCUAUGGAUUGCGACACCCUUCUUUCCACGUUGCUAACUUUUAUAUCAAGUCUGCGAUUCGCAAACCUGUUAAUGGAAAUUCCGAGCUUCUAGCUGUGGGUAGCAAUGAUGGGACUCCAAUUCUAUUCCCCACCGAUGAACGCUACCUCGGCACAAAGGCUAAUACUUCUAUUCCACUUGAAGGCGUCGCUCAACAGUCCCGAACUCUAAGCUCCACGUCCUUGUCACGAUCUGGAAGACUUCAUUCAGCUCUUUGGGAAAGUAGGAAAGAUACUUCAGCAGAAGACCCAGUACCUAUCUAUACCCACGGAACAGCGCUGAUAAGAGGGCAUGCAAGAGAAGUGAGCUCGCUGAGUUGGACAAGCAAUGGCGAACUUAUUUGUGCAGACGAUGACUGGAAUGUUAGAUGUUGGAGAGAGGGGAGAGAUGCCAGAGAUUUGAGAAUGGGUGGGGAGACUGGAGGAAGACGGUGGGGUUGUGGAUGGGCAGAUGUAGAAGAGAAUUAUGACGACGAAGACGAGUAG